CGGGAUUACGUUCAUCGUCAUAAGCGUUCCCAAACGCUAUAAAGCGGGCCUCGCCUCCGCCCAGCUCACCAGGUCUUCCCAAGCCCCGUGGCCUUGUCUCCUCCUCGUCGAACCAGACACCAUCCUUUCAGCCCUCACCUGGCUAAGAUGCGCUCUGUCAUCGUCCUCGUCGUCCUCUGCGCCUCCCUCGCUGCUGCCGUCCCCCUCUCGCAGUCAGGCGACAAGCUGACCGGCCGACUGGUUCGUGACGACUCUCUAGUGGGGGGUCUCCGUGGUGACGACGCUCCGGUAGGGGGCUUCCUCGGCGGCGAUGUUCUAGGGGAUGCCCUCAACGAGGAUCAUCUCGAGAGUCAUACCCCUACGUCUCCAGCAGAAGGCCGUCGAGGUCGCCACUUGUCCCGGCCGCGUCGCCUGUCGACGCUGGCGCACCAUUUCGCCUAUGCGCCGAAGGAGAUUGAGGGCAAGGUUGGUGAAUCCACCAAGGGCAUUCGUGUAUAGACUUGUAAACCCCGCCUAGAGCUUGUAUUCACAGAAAUACCCUAGACAUAUCCUUCGACUUGGUCCAAUCUCUGUUUGUGUCGCACAUUGCCGACGUCAUGUCACUGCUCCAGCCACUCAUUCGCCUCCAUACCGUUUUCUUGCCACAAGUACUGCUGAUACCACGCCAUCAGCCAGGGGUACCGACUUUCAUACCGUGAUACUCAUCCUGUCUUCUCACAUACAUUGCAUGUCCGUCUCGUAGCCUCAGUAAAUCUCGUUUCUCUGCUUAACCUUAUACCUCACCUUCCUCCUCCCAUCUAUCUCUCCUUGGCUUUUGGUUCUUAUCCACGUUUCCUUUCUCGACGAGUUUCUUUGGUCCAAUACGCACGCUCGAUCCUAUUAUAGCCAUAUUCCGUCGCCGAACCUGCGCUCUGGUAGUCGCAGGGAAAGCACAUGAUCUUACG